CAGAGCCAGAGAACAGACAGAGUUUUAUUUUUUGUUGUUGUUGGAAGAAUGAAUGUGCCUCUCUCUCUUUUUAUCUUCGCUCUGCUGCAGCUAAUUUGCGCAGCUGUGGUCGCCGUCUCCGCCGUAGUAAUCACUGGAUCGGUUAAAUACGUCUCCUUGGAGGACCAACUUCUGGAAGAGGGUACUAUCAGUGGUUCAGGACGCAGGACUUGCAGGCUGUACUGUCGGGUUGGCAUUGGUUUCCAUCUCCAGAUCCACACUGACGGAAGAGUUAACGGCAGUCAUGAACCUAAUCAGUUGAGUGUCCUGGAGCUCUUUGCGGUUUCUCAGGGGGUCAUCGGUAUCCGAGGAGUCUACAGCAACAGAUUUUUAGCCAUGAACAAGAGAGGAAGGCUACAUGCUAUCGAGCGAUUCACGGACGACUGUAGGUUCUGGGAGCGUUUCCAGGAGAGCAGUUACAACACUUACGCCUCGGUGUUGCACCGGAACCACCGGACGGGACGGGACUGGUACGUGGCCCUCAACAAGAGAGGAAAAUCCAAGAUGAGCUCCAGCCCCAGGGUCAAAUCCCAGCACGUUUCCACGCACUUCCUCCCCAGGGUCAAUGUGCACAACCUGCAGAGCGUUCGUGGUUUCACCAUCACGGACAGGAGCAAAGAGAGGAGGAAAAACCAGCCGCCACUGAUCAAACCGCCCUCACAACCAUACAGGGAUAUUAAUGCAGAGACAGGGAAGAGGGUGCAGACUGUCAAGUACUGGCCCAAGUUUCGGUUUGGAUAG